AACACACCCAGGACCGAAGUUAAAACGCGCACACAGACACACACACACUCUCUCUCUCAGAGAAACAUCCCCCACCCCCAGCCCCCACCCGCUGGCUCUGUCCAAAGCUCAGCUCUCCGCCCAGGGCUGGUCCUGCAGCUCUCAGAGCCGGGGAGCAGGGUGAGCUGAGUGAGGGACUGCAGUGCUGUCUACAUGGAGAGCCCCAGGGGGUGAGGCAGAGUCUCCCUGCCUGGUCCCCGGGAGGGCAGCUGCAGCAAUGAGCCGGUCCGAGGAGCUGCACCACCGGGAGAACCGGCCGAGACUGCACCGGGACCCGCUGUCCCGGGAGCUCCAGCCCCACUCCCGCCCCAGGGACCCCCAUCCCAGAGACCCCUAUCCCAUAGACUCCCAACCCAGGGACCCCUAUCCCAGGGACCCCCAUCCCAGGGACCCCCAACCCAUAGACUCCCACCCCAGGGAUCCCCAUCCCAUAGACCCCCAUCCCAGGGAUCCCCAUCCCAGGGAUCCCCAUCCCAGAGACCCCCAUCCCAGGGACCCCCAUCCCAGGGAUCCCCAUCCCAGGGAUCCCCAUCCCAGAGACCCCUAUCCCAGGGAUCCCCACCCCAGGGAUCCCCAUCCCAGAGACCCCUAUCCCAGGGAUCCCCAUCCCAUAGACCCCCAUCCCAGAGACCCCUAUCCCAGGGAUCCCCAUCCCAUAGACCCCCAUCCCAGGGACCCCGACCCCAGGGACCCCUAUCCCAUAGACUCCCAUCCCAGAGACCCCUAUCCCAGGGACCCCGACCCCAGGGACCCCCAUCCCAUAGACUCCCAUCCCAGGGACCCCUAUCCCAGGGAUCCCCAUCCCAGGGACCCCGACCCCAGGGACCCCUAUCCCAUAGACUCCCAUCCCAGGGACCCCCACCCCAGGGACCCCCUUCCCCAGGACCUCAGCCCCCGGGACCCGGAGCCCCGCUCGUUCCUGCACAGCCUGCGGACCCUGUUCGACAUCCUGGACCAGGAGGGUCGGGGCUGGGUCGAGCUGCGGGAGAUAGAGAGCCGCUGGCCGGGGGAGGGCCGGAGGGAGCCGGCGCUGCCUGCCGGACUGAUGGGCUGCCUCCGGAGAGCAGCAGCGCCGAGCGGGAGGCUCACCUUCCCCCGGCUCCUGGCCGGGAUCAGGGCGGCCCUGCAGCAGGAAGCCGGCAGCCCGGAGCCGGACAGUGCCCCGGGCUGCUCCCGGUACCAACAACCCGGGAAGAGCCGGAGAGAUACCCCCGCGGGAGGUCACAGGAGCUGGGCAGCAGCAGCAGCAGAUCACAAGGGCCCGGGAAUUGGCUGCUCCCAGAACGUUGGUGCCUCCAUGGUCCUGGGAACCUUGAGGUGUAGCGACCAGGAAGACAACGGACUCAGGCAGCCCCCCAUUUCCAAUGGCAACCAUGAUAACAUGCUGAAGGAGCUGGAAUGCCAACGGGAUGCCCUCUUGCACGGCCUGGAGGUGGUGGAGUGGGCACGGGACUGGUACCGUCAGCAGAUCCGCACCCUGCACCAGAGGCAGGGGCACAUCAGGAGGGCUGUCGGAAAGAAGGACCAACCCGCUGAGCCUGCCCAGGACCGAGCCUGCCACCUAUUGGCCAAGAUUGAGGAAGUGAACUCCUGCCUCAGUGAUCUGAUUUGCUCCUCUGGAAAGGUGCGAUUCUCUGCCCCUCGGGUCGAUGGCUUCAGAUCUCCCCUCGGAGCAGAAUCAUUCCAACAACAGCCAAUCAGCUCGCUGAAAGAACAGAACUACCUGUUGACCAAGGAGCUGUCAUCGAAGCGUGAACGAGUCACUACCUUAGAGCAGGAGAAAGCUUCUCUGGUCAAACGGCUGAUGGAGGAUCGAGGAGCCCACGCCCAACUGACCCCGAGGACAGGGACGUCACGGAGCCCCCCACCCUGUUCUUUUCCACACUGAGGAAGCGAAGAGGAGCCAUGAAUCUCCCCUCCAGACAGGACCACCCAAGGGUACCUCUGCCACCAGUCGGAGGACGGUGCUCCAACACUCCAGCAUCCCAGGAGGAACUGGCCAGGAGUUUGCUGUUUCCACUGCACAUUCAGUUAGGAUAAUGGGUGAAAGACGGAGGCUCUAAUCAAGGACUGAACCAUUGGGCUGAACCAAGUAACUUUGCUCUUUCAGAGAGAGAGAGAGCCAAUGGAUCAUUGACGUUACCUCACAACUUUGCCCUGCGCGACGCCCCAGCGUGUCAUACAAUAAUCCUUUCUGUCUAUUCAUCGCUGCGAUUAUUUAUUUCUCUAUUUAUAUAAAUUAUUGCCAAUGCUUUCUAUGUGUGUCCCCAUUUUGUCACACCCAACAAUUCCCCCAUGGGACUAUCCCCACCCACAGGAUAUGGCGUUGGAGAGGGAUGUUAGUUUGCUUUUUUUUUUUGUCUUUAUAUCUUAACGAAUAUUGUAAAAGUGUGGUCUGCUGAACAGUUAAACAAUUCUCCAGAAGGGUCAGGAGUUUCCAGGAACUGAAGCUUCAACACGCUACAGUACUGCAGGGAGAAAAGAAUUAAAGUCAACAGAGCUUUAAAAGGA